GUGUGCAUGUGUGUGUGUGACACAUUUAGUUUAUAUCAGGGGUGAAAGCUGUGUGUGUUGAGCAUGAAGACUCCCGGUGCUGUGCUGCUGUUGCUGUGGUCUGGUCUAGUUGUGGUUGCAGGAGUUGGUAAAGAUCUCCAAGACAAAACUGCUGCCACAGCCUCCACCCAACAAACCUGCCAGCCUGACAUCUACACUGUGCUGAGAGAGAUGAGCGCACUGAUGGUGGAGCAGAGAGUGGAGCUCAGGUGCACUCAGACACAAAUAGAGGCCAUGGAGACCAGACUGACGGAGAGGCUGGAUGCAAGUGAGAAUGAAGCAGAGACCCGAUUGAGAGCCAGUGAGAAUAAAGCAGAGACCAUGGAGACCAGACUGAGAGCCAGUGAGAAUAGAGUAGAAGAGCAGAGAGCUGUUAUUAAGGAGCUGAAAGAGAAACAAGAGGAGCAAGCAGCAGCUCUGAGAGCUGUAGGAGGCAGUGUGAACCUCACAGGGAGUCAGGUGGAGGAGUUGAGGAGGGAGAGAGAGGAGAGGAGGGUGUCUUUCUCUGCCUCACUGGUGGCAUCUGGUGGUGAGAAUUUUGGUCCCUUUAGUAAGCCAACUACACUGAUCUACAGACAUGUCAUCACCAACACUGGAAAUGCCUACAACCCCAAUACAGGUGUCUUCAGGGCUCCAGUCAGAGGUGUUUACUACUUUGCUGUAAUUGCGCAUGGACUUGGUCAUGCAUCUACACCUACAGGAGUCUCUCUCCAUAAGAAUGAAGAACAUGUUGUCAUUGCUUAUGGCCAUCAGCCAAGCCACAGAGUGGACACUUCUAAUGGAGCUUCUCUGCUGCUGGAGGUGGGAGAUGUGGUCUAUGUGAAGCUGUGGCCCAAUGCAUGGGUCAUUGACAGCUAUAACCACCACACCACCUUCUCUGGCCACCUGCUCUUCCUCAUGUGAGGGAAGCAGUAGACUGAUGUAGAAGUUAUGUUGGGUGUGGAGUGACGCUGCUAGCGAGAAACAGACAGAAGGGAACACACUCCUCUCCUUGUUUCCUACAUGGUCACUGGGUGGGUCUGGGCAAGACUUUUAGUGUGACAUGAAGUUCAUUCUCCUUGAUUGCUAUCCAUCUAUUGUGCUGUUUGUUGACAUGUUAAUGUAUCUUUACCUACUUUUAGUACGUCAGUGUGGAACUGAAAACACUAGUAAUGAAAUGUGCUUUGUCAGGCUGUGUCUUUGUAUAUCCGUCUAUUACAAAAUAAAAUACAUCUUUAAAUGACUAA